AUGGAAGGCCAGGGGCAACCCCAAAGAAAAAGAAGAGGAACAGUAGUUCCCGUUAUUAUCUCCGCGAUCGUGGAGGACGUGCCCCCCGUUGUGCAGGGAGUGCGUGACCCUGCGCCUCCCCCAAAGCGCAAGCGUAACCAGUGCUGCCCCGGCAGAAAGAGGGUGAAGAAGAGAAGUAUGUCGUAUUUGUGGGAGCACAUGGGGAGGCUAGGAUUUACCAGGAUAGAAAGAGAGGGGAGUAAGAAGGAAAAAAUAAACAACAUGCCCGUGAAGAAAUUAGAAGCUGAGUGUGGAAAACAAGAAUUUGUUGGUUAA